AUGGAAUUCGAGUAUUCGCCGCGCCACUCCCCUGGCAACGCAGCGCAUCUUCUUUCACCAACCCACGCGCAUGGCCGCUCCAUAGACGGGUACGCCUCGAUACAGCAGAUCCGGCGCUCACUCUCGCGAUCACCUUCCAAGCCGGCGCGCUACUCGAUGCAAAUUCCGAAGACCUCAAGUACCUCACCUACCGCGCCAUCUUCUCCUUCCGCGCUCUCCCGCGCCUGCAGCGCCGACGCUGCGACUGAGGCACCGAUAAAGCCUAGAGUAUCGGCGAAACGCACAGGACCGCUUCGCACUACAUCACGCAAGACCUCACCAAACAGCCCACUGCGACGCGCGCUCAGCGACAACACGAACCAAGCGAAUGUUAGCCCGCGCAUUGUUCGGCGACCACAGGCAGCGCAAGACCAGGAGAACAUGGACUGUGACACAAACGCGCCUACGACUGAUGCGGACAUGCGCAAGGAGGGGACCAAGAAGACAGACUUCUUGAAGCCAGACAAGCUGUUCCAGUCGGUCAAGAACGAGUCUGUCUCGCCUAUGAAGUCGAGCCCGCUGAAGAGGAGCGAUGGGGUGAUGAAUCUUGAUGCGGCAAGCUUCGGCAGCCCGCGAAUCAAGCGCAGGAGCAUUCAUGGCAGCACUUUCGGCCAGGACUUCAACAUCUUCGACUACGGCCCAGAUGGAGCUAACAGUGACUCGGCCGACUCAUCAGAAGAGAAGGACGGUCAGCAUGCGCCGCCAACAACAUCGACACCUGCGCCAAACUCUCCACAGCGCCGUCCAUUCAGCCUACGCAAGUCGACCCUACAGCAGCGCGCUGGACCUGGCCGCUCAAGGCUGUUUGCAGACAUUCCUCGAGAUUCUGCAGCCAAUCCUGCGCUGACCCGUGCUCGCUCUCGGAUGUCGCUAGAUGGCGCCUUGCCCCUUCGAUCGUCCGAAGUCGAAUCUCCAUUCCGGCGAAGCACGCCCAGCGAACCACCAGUGCUUUUCCAGCAGCCGGCGCAGAAGCUGUACCAGUCGGCGCCAAAGCCACAUCCUCUGUCGCAUGCGCUGACGCCCUCUUCAUCGAAUUCCAGCGUGGCCAGCGACCACCAAAAGGCGGCUCCAAGCACAGCAUCUGUCUUUCCAAAGCCAGCAAUGCCUAAGCCUCAACCCAGCUUCUCGAAAUCACUACCGAUUGGGGCCAUGCGUCCCGCAGAGCGCACCAGUGGGCAGUCAAGCCAGUCGUCACAAGAGUCGCACGCAACGCCGGAUGCUUUUAAGAUGGCCCGGCCGUUUCCUAAAGCUUUCAUGUCGACUGGCCUGAUCUCGAAGAAGCACCGUAACAUGGACGGCCCUUCGAACUCGGCAUUCGGAUCCAGCAUCAUGCCUGAUACCCCGUCGAAGAAGGCGCAUGUCCUCAUCCCUUCUUCGCCGGCGCCACCGUCUGCGCUCGGCAAGGUUCAGCGCGCCUCGCAUGAGUUCGGAAGUCCAAGCACGCCUUUCAGUGGUAGGACCACGAAGUUCUCGCCAGAGUCUUUCGGCAAGGGUGUAAACAUCUUCGGUUCGAGAGUGGGAGCACCACAGCUUACACGCCGAGGAAGCUUCAUCAGCCUGGAAUACGAGGACCUCAAUGUGUCGCCAACACAGAACACCGAUUCUCAACCAAGCCCAGACGACCUGCCACCGACACCAACGAAGUCAACUUCCACCACUGUAAGACCACAAUCGAAGGGCAAGAGCAACAGUCUUCGGAGCAGCCUGUUCGGAAGGAGAUCGUCACUUGGGCCGGACACGUUCGCGGCACCAGAGAACGCGGAGGAGCACAGCACUGACACAUUCAGUAAGUUGCCGUUAUCAUUGCAAUCACCCUUUGCGACGCCGGAGAAAGCCCAGGACGAGUCGAUGGAUGAUGCGGCGAUGCCAUUCAUCACCUUGACCGCCUGUGCGACUCCGACGCCGACGCACAACCGGACGCGCUCCUUGGAGCACCGUCCGGUUGCCACUUCGCCCUCGCCACUCGCGCGGAGGUCGAGAGGUUCUGCGCCAGUCCUUCAAACGCCUAGGAAUCUUCAUGCUAAGCCUCCACUCUUUGCAGCUCCGAGCCCGACCGCACCGAAGGACAAGCGGUCACCUCAUACUCCGAGCGACUCCUACGCACCUCCCGACCCAAGCAACCUGUCGAUUUCUGUCGACCAUCGCCAGAACAACGCUUUCGGAAGCAGUGGCAUCAGCUUCCCACCCGCGACACCAACUGGGCCAAGAGAGCAUGCCUUCAACAGCAGUCUUGGUCAAGGCAACCAGUCUUCCGGAUACUUCGCCAACGAUGUUGACACCUCACUAACCGCACGCUUCGGCUCGGUCACCACUCUCGGCAUUGGAGAGUUCUCCCAGGUAUACCGCGUGGAGAAGACCCCGGCCUCUGGACUCAACGCAUCACGCUCAAGUCUAACUCCUGCAGGCAAGGUGUGGGCCGUGAAGAAGUCCCGGAAGCCGUACAUUGGCAACAAGGAUCGCCAGCGUAAGAUGCAUGAGGUCCAGAUCCUCAAGAUGCUUGGCGGUCACGAGCACCUGAUCCAGUUUGUCGACCAUUGGGAGGCUAAGCACCAUCUCUACAUUCAGACAGAGUUCUGCGAGAACGGCAACCUUAAGGACUUCCUCUUGCAGACUGGCUUCAAGGGCCGGCUCGACGACUUCCGGAUCUGGAAGAUAUUGCUGGAGCUGUCUCAGGGUGUCAAGUCGAUCCACGAUGCCAGCAUCAUCCACCUUGAUUUAAAGCCGGCAAACGUGUUCAUCGACUGGGAAGGCGGGCUGAAGAUUGGUGAUUUCGGGAUGGCGAGCACAUGGCCGGCACCUCCAGGCUUGGAUGGUGAAGGCGACCGCGAGUACAUUGGUCCUGAGGUUCUCUCCGGACGCUUCGACAAGCCAGCAGACAUCUUCGCGCUUGGUAUGAUCAUGCUGGAGAUAGCUGGCAACAUCGUCCUUCCGGACAACGGAAUGCCAUGGCAGCGUCUUCGUGCUGGCGAUAUGAGCGACCUACCCAGCCUCACCUGGAGCUCGGAGAGCAGUCUCGUGCGCGACGAAUCUGGCGAUCCAGUGGAGAUGAUGGCCGGGACUUCCAACGACUCACUCUGUGUCUCGCAUAACGGCGACGACGACCUCAGCUUCCUCAAGCCCGCUGUGCCAAAGCUCGACCGUAUCGGCUACCUCGCCACUCCACCGCGCUUCAUGAUCGACUCCAAUGACUCGGAUGCGCUGGAGCGGCUGGUGCAGUACAUGAUCUUCCCGGACCCAGACCAGCGUCCCACAGUCGAUCAGCUACUGGCGGCGGGUGGAGUGCAGUGGGUUGAGCAUCGGCGUCGAGCGGGAGCGACCGUGUUUGAAGGCAGCUGGGGCCCAGCAGACCAUGUCCUGGAUCAUCAGCAGGAUGUUGAGAUGCUGGACAUUUGA